GCUAUAUAUUUCUUGAUGGAAGUUUGUCUUCGAGUAUUUAUAGACGGGAUACGACCGUAUUUUUCUGAUAUGUUUAACUCCUUAGAUGCUGCUGUUAUUGUGGUGACUCUACUGGUUGAUAUCGUUUAUAUUCUCUAUGACUUUAAGAGUCUUAAAGAUAUCUCCAAAUUGACGUUUUUUUUCCGACCUCUACGACUUAUCAUCCUGUUAAGAGUUUUUCAUCUGGUUCAUCAAAAGAAACAUCUUGAAAUAUUGGCCAGAAGAGUGGUUUCAGAAAACAAAAGGCGAUAUAAGAAAAAUGGAUUCGACUUAGACCUCACUUAUGUUACUGACCGAGUUAUUGCCAUGUCAUUCCCAUCUUCUGGAAAGCAGUCUCUCUAUAGGAAUCCCAUUGAGGAAGUUGUGCGGUUUCUGGAUACCAAGCAUCAAAACCACUAUCAAGUCUACAAUCUCUGCAGUGAAAAUGCUUACGAUCCUAAGAUCUUCCAUCAUCGGGUCCAUCGAUACAUGAUUGAUGAUCACAACGUCCCCACUCUCAGUGAGAUGCUGGCCUUCUCCAAGAAUGUGCAAGAGUGGAUGGCUCAAGAUGAGGAAAACGUCAUCGCGGUUCACUGCAAAGGAGGCAAAGGAAGAACGGGAACAAUGAUUUGUGCCUACCUCCUUGCCAGUGAAAUAUUUACAACUGCAGAGGCCAGCUGUUAUUAUUUUGGAGAAAGACGAACAGAUAAAUCCACCAGCAGCAAAUUUCAGGGAAUAGAAACUCCUUCUCAGAAUAGAUUUGUUGGAUAUUUUGCAAAGGUGAAAAAUAGCUUCAACAUGACUCUUCCUCUCCGGAAAAUCCUCACGAUUAAAAAAAUCAUUAUUUAUUCAAUUCAUGGCAAUGGAAAUGAUCUAAAAGUACAGAUAAUAAUGCAACAAAAGACUGUCUUUUCCGGUUCUGCUUCACAAAACUGCAGGAUGGUUCAUGAUGCUGAAACGGACAGAGUAAUAUUUAAUCUACUCAGCUGUCCCCCUCUGUAUGAUGAGGUUAAAGUCAAAUUUCUCUCUUCAGAUCUGCCUAAAUACUACGACAACUGUCCAUUUUUCUUUUGGUUCCACACGUCUUUUAUACAGAAUAACAGGCUUUAUCUUCCAAGAAGUGAACUGGACAAUCCCCAUAAACCAAGAGCAUGGAAAACUUACCGUCCAGAGUUUGCAGUUGAGGUACAUUUUGAUGAAGUCGUAGCUGGUAUCUAAAUAAGUUUCCCCUCCCCGUAUCUUGUUCUCCCCAAUCCUUGCUCCACUUCCAUGUCCUUUAAACCUAUU